AUGAUUUUGCCCCUGGCCUCAUCAUCAUCGACCAUGGACACGAGGAUUAUGCUCUCCUGCAUGAGCGCUACAUACUGCAAUCAUCUUUCGAGGAGAAAAAUCCUUGAAGCGAUCACUUGGAGUUUUCAAUGCUUGUGUGAUGGUUUCUUUCCACAAGCCGAUCCCUGGGGCAAAAAGUUCAGCCAGGAGUACUGCAAAGACCGUUGGCGUGUGGCAGGCCAAAGGAUUGCUGGGCCAUUUCAUGGAUGUUUGGAGGGGAUACAGGGUGACCAGGAUUACAUCCGCACCAUGAUGUCACCAUCUCGUUUCUUGUCGAGACAACUAUGUUGCUACUACUGCAGGGCCCUUGCUUGGAACUAUGUUGGUCACGACCCACGGGAAUCUGAAUUUCUUUACACCAACUUUGGGGUGAAUGCGGCCCACAGAACCACGCUAGUGACUCUUGACGAAUGGCUAGCUGUCAACACACAUUCGCCGUUGUGCAGUGUCCCAGGGUGGUCACCAUGGCGAAUUUUACCGGACCAAAUGCACUUGGUGCAUUUGGCACUUGCCCCCGAUGCCAUCAUAUCUUGUCUUUUGGAUUGGAGUGACCCAAACACUCAGUAUCUUCAUGGUUCUUCCCGGGAUGCUCGUCUACAAACUUUGUGGGAAAACUACAGAGCAUACUGUGAGGAUCAGAGUAUCACAGAACGUGCCCAGCGCAGGCUUUUUAGUGUGCAGACCCUCAAGCCCGACAGUGACAAAUUUGUAGAUAUAUCACAAAAAAUUCUGAACGCAAGCGCGUGUAGAUAUAUGAUAUUCUGGCUGGCUAGUGUGGCCCAACACUUCGCAACAAUCUAUGGCUCAGUUUCCGACAUGUACCGGGCUGGUGUGGCAUGCGGGCUACGCGAGAUGGAAAUUGUCUGUUUGGAGAGUGGCCGUCGCUAUUCCCUUUCUGCCUGGAAAAGAUUGGAGGAAGGCUAUUUGUGUUACAGAGCGGGGUCUUUGCACUUAGCCAAUUUGGCAGUGUCCUUGGGUCAGGACCGGAUGAAGGCUGGCCACUCAGAAAGCGCAGAGUGGGAGACUGAAGAAACCACUCUUGACAUGAGCUUCGACAUGGACCUACCACUGGAAGUUGGCGGUGCCGAUGUUGUCCCUGGCGACGAAGAUGGUGGUUUGCCACCUUCGGCACAGGAGACAAUGAAGUUGUUGAAGCGGCUGGGGUACCCGGAAGUCCAGGACACCACCAAACCCUCAGCCCUGCUUACGAAAGUCAGCACAGCCUUGACGAAGCGCAUGGGGAAGUUGGAAGAAGUGAAAAAACUCUUUGCGGCGGGAGGUGACUCAGCCCUUGUCCGCAAGAUGUGCGACAAGCUGGAGGAAGUGUAUGCCAAGCUGGAUUCGCAGAGUGAGGCUCUUUCGGCUGAAGCCAAUGCUGGCAUUCUGGAAGGCUUCACCCAAGAGAAGGAGACCGCCUUGAAAGAUAUGGUGGACAGUGCCCGAAGCGCGCUAGGCCCUCAUAUGUCCACUGCACUGCUUACAGGUAAAAAGCUUUGCCCUCAGUUGCUUUUGAGGUUGCUGGAAGCUUUCAAUUUGGAGUCAAGAGCCAGGAGCAUCGCGCCCAAAGCGGUGAGCGCCAAGCGCCCGCCACCUUCGAAGAGUUCCAAGGCGAAGGCAGCCCCGAAAGUGCCAGUUCCCAAGCCUGCUGAGGACACGCCCAGCAAGACACCAAAGAGAGCAUCAGCAGGUGGCAGCGUCUUUUGUGAGCCAGUCUUUCGUUAUCCAUCUUUGCCAGGUGAGGAAACUUCUCGACAAAAAAUGUUAGAAGUCUUGGCGGAUGAGAUUGGUGACGGUGUCUGGCGCUUGGCCCUGGUUGCCCCAGCUUGCCGAGUUGGAACUAUGGCCAGAGCAGCAGUGGCCGACGGUGCGCCCAACGUAGGCAGCCUGUAUGCAGCCACCAAAGUGCAUCCAAGUCAUGGAGAGCGAGAUGCUCAUCGACUUCUCAACAAGUACUGGCUAUCUUUAAGGGUACCCAUCAGUGAACUGACCAUACCAUUGGAUGAUGGCCAAACGGUGUCCAUCCCACACUACAAGGUUACUGACAUGGCUGGACAUCUGUUGACGAAGCAUCCAGAAAUUUUGUUGGGUGGGGAUACGCUUGAAUCUGGCGAAUCCCGGUGCAAGUCGUUUUGGGAGAAGUUCCGCGACCACCAACCAGACCACAAAGUGUUUCAACAGUUUGUUGACUUCCGUCGGGUGGUGCCAAUUUGCAUCCAUGGUGACAAAGGCCGUACUCUCAAAAAAUCCCCCAUAGCAUGCUACUCAUGGGAGUCUGUGUGGGGCCUACCUGCUGGGCUUAGGGACACGGCAACAGAACCUGUCAUCAACCGGCGAAACCAGCAGAAAUAUGACACAGGCCACUUGGGGGUCACGUGCUUAGAGCGGUCAACAUCGUCGAAUGGUGGAGGAACGUAUGACGAUGCUGACGAUGCCUGCACCAUCAAGCGGCGGCGCCUGGGCCAGUGCGGACACUCUUUCUUGAACCGGUACCUCUUCACCUGCGUUCCAUAUGCUGUCUACAGCUUGGACAGUUACACCGUACUUAGAACAGUCCUCAAGGAGUUGGGGUCGCAACUGAAGAGUUUGUUUUUGGACGGUGUGGAAGUGAAUUCUACCACGUACCACUUUGCCCUCAUAGGUGUGAAGGGGGAUGCAGAAUUCCAUGUGGAAGCUGGAGAAUUUUGCCGUUCAUACAUGACGGUUGGAACAGCCAACAAUUUACAAAUGUGCCAUGAAUGUGAAGCUGACGACAACUUUGGCGAUGUCUCUGACAACCACAGCUGGUUGAACACAGUUGCUUAA